CAAAUCAGGAAAUGGCAGCAAAGUUCCCCAAUUUCCACUAUGGAUGAAGUAGCAUCUUCGUUAUGACCCAACCCUUUGUCAUUGGCUUAAACCACGCUGGACUUACUACCUUAUCAAAACAACUGUUCAAUCAAAGGGAUCAUGAUCAGAUUUGGCCUUUAUAUUACCCCCAAUCAUGAUUAGGUAGGCAAACCCGUCUCAAUUAUAUCUUUACUUUUAUCUCUCGAUCUUACAUUUGUAUCUUACCAUAGAUCUCUUGAAAACCUGACCCCCACUAUCACAGCAAAUCACCCUUCAUAUAAAUUCCCCUUCCAUUCUUUUUUUCUGCAACUGCAUAAGUAAACAAGGUUCUGUGUUCUAGUUUUCAGGCUAUGAAAAGGGAGAAUCUUUUAUCUCUUUGAGUAACCUCCCCCCACCCAUGAAUUCUAGACCACAAAUUGAUAGGCUCAGGUAAAGGCAAGGCUUCCAUUUUGCUUUCCGUUUUCUUUUGCUUUAUUGAAGAGACAUGUUUUAGUAUUGUGAGGACUGAGGACCAUUUUGCUUAUCUUAGCAACAAAGAAGAUGCUUUUUUAUGUCUUUUUCUAGUUGGAAUCUUUACAACAUUGCUGUAGCCUUAAGGAACCUCCCAACUCCUUUUUUAGAACACUUGUUCAAUUGUUCUUGGGUUUUUUUUUUCCUCCAUAUUUCAAGUGGCUAGCUAUGUUAUCAGCAAGUGUGAAUAUGCAUCGACGCCUGCUUGGGACAGAAGUGAGCUUGCCACCGGAAAAUGGGAACAAAACUCAUGAUUCCUACCUUAGCGAGACAAAUUUCGACACCAACUUGGUGGUUAUAUUGGCAGCUCUUUUAUGCGCUCUGAUCUGUGCAGUGGGGUUGAACUCUAUAGUCCGUUGCGCUCUACGUUGCAGCCGAAGGUUUGCGACGGAGACCCCAGAACAAGCAGCUGCUCGCUUGGCGACAACAGGCCUGAAGAAACGAGAUUUGAGACAAAUCCCGGUGGCAGUGUAUGGGGAAGGCGUGGGUUUGCCGUCGACGGAGUGCCCAAUAUGCCUGGGAGAGUUCGUUGAUGGAGAAAAAGUAAGAGUGUUGCCAAAAUGCAACCAUGGGUUUCAUGUGAGGUGCAUUGAUACAUGGCUGCUCUCACACUCAUCUUGCCCGAAUUGUCGGCACUCGUUACUUGAAGUCGAUGCAUCAAAAACCGAGACAUCCCAGCAAGUCACUUCCCUACGGCAACCACAGAAUGGAUUAGGUGGUGAUCAUCCAAACGGCAGCGUCGUUGUCGUUGUUGGAUAGGGAAGUUCAAUACCCAUUUAGAGCUUGUAACUCUACUUGUAGUUGUUGUUAGAAGGGUAAACUGUUCACUAUCUAGAUUUUGGAGAGAUGAAAUGAAAGAAGUAUUUAGUCACAA